AUGAAGUCCAUCUGGGACGCCGAAAAUCACACAGCAGCAGCUCUCGGAAGCGCGCAACCCCAAAAGAGAGGGUUCGUCCAGCGUGUGCAGACACUCUUCCGUCAAGCGCGGGCAAAGCUCCACCGACGACAUGCCACCUGGAAGAAGAUAUCUUCCGUACCAGGAGACAACACAGACGCUAUAAUGUUCGAUGUCCUCCCACAUGCCCCAAACACACCGUCGGUAGCCGUUACGGGGCCCCCUUCAGAAGGGUGGGACGCAUCAGUGUCGAAUGUACCGGCACGGUUUGCACCACAGGACACUGCCUCGCAGGCAUGUGGUGUGCCCGAUCCCACGAGGACCGACAACACACCGAGCCAAGACGAUCACGUAAGCCCCAGACCUGUCCAGCAACGCAAUCGGCGUUCCAGGUGGUCUCUCUUUGGACCGGAGUCGAGAGAAGAGGUGGUCGCUGAGCCCCGGCCUCGGCCACGAUCUGUGUAUGUCCCAACGCACGCAGCCGCCGACUUCUGUAUGAAUUCCCUCCCAGACCAGCGGAGAUGGUCAGUCAUGUCUACGAAUUCGCUCCCAGAGCAGCGGAAACGGGCAGCCAUGUGUAUGAAUUCCCUCGCAGAGCAGCGGAAACGAUCAGGCAUUUACAGUCCAGAGUUCAUUUCAGAAUUUAACGCAGUGCUGGAAAGCGCGAGUGACAGCGGCGAGGGAUCCGCGUCGGCCACAAGGGACACACUGGAGCCGCUCCCAGAGGUCCGGGAUCCAGACGAGAUAGAGAAGACUCGACGGAUCCUAGAGUCGGGCCACGAGCCAUCAUCGGAACAGUCGCCAAUCUCACCGUUUCUGACGCGCCAGCGUAGGCGCUCCUAUCAACUCGCAGUCGCACCACGCAUCGAGUCGGACGAGAUUUCGGAUUUCCGCCGCUUCUUACAGCAAAGCACGGCAACCGAUCCCGUCCUCGGCGAGCAGAUCUGGCAAAGCGUCUCACAAGGACUUGGGAAGCGGAAUGGGCAGAUUAUGCCCGUUCUCGACGGGUCGACGUCGAAUAUAACCAGCUUACGAUCACGCCAUUCCGCGGCGGCCGGCCAGUACGGGAGUCACAGCCGAGCCGGGCGUCGUCAGUCUCAGCCCUCGAUCGGGGCCCAUAGCACCCGAGGACCUCGAGACGGGGGUGCAAGCACCGAGAGCCGCCGCCACUAUAGCUGGGCAAUCUACGAGGACCUCCGCGAGGCGCGCAGCACCAGCAGCCUGGCCUGGGGACGACCCGGUGCCAACGCCGAGCAAAGGCGCAGCUGGCGCGAUGAUGGGAAUCGCCACUCGGCCGCCCUGGACGGCAUGUUCAUGCGAGAGGCGGAUGCCAGCUCCUCGCCCGGUCUCGCUGCUGACAGACGACGACGACAACAACAGCGAUCGUCUGUUUCCAGCUUCAUGCACGUCAUUGCCGAGUACAUCCGGCCGGAGCUGCCCCCUACCACCGAUGUGGCUGCCCAGUACCACGGGUCGAAGAGGGCGAGCCUGUACGGACCCCCUGGGCGUUAUUGA